AUGAUCAAGAAGCCAGAAUUUGGCCUUAUCCAACCUCCAAAGAGAAAGAACAGGCAGGGACUUAGCGACGAGCAGAAGCAGGAGAUCAAAGAAGCCUUCGACCUCUUUGAUACAAACAAGACUGGCACUCUUGAUUACCAUGAGCUCAAGGUUGCAAUGCGCGCCCUUGGCUUUGAUGUCAAAAAGCCAGAGGUCCUUGAGUACGUCAAAGAUGGCGAUGGCUACAUAGUCUUUGAUGACUUCCUUGACAUCAUGACCGAGAAAAUCAGAAACAGAGACCCAGUUGAAGAGAUCCUCAAAGCUUUUAAACUGUUUGACGAAGACAAUUCUGGCAAAAUCAGCCUCAGAAACCUGAAAAGAGUCGCCAGAGAGCUUGGAGAGAACCUCUCAGAUGACGAGCUGCAAGCAAUGAUUGAUGAGUUUGAUAAAGAUAAUGAUGGUGAAAUCAGCGACCAGGAGUUCCUUAACAUCAUGAAACAGACCUCUAUUUACUAAUUAAAAGGCAUUUGAAUUUUCA